CACCACCACCACCACCACCACCGCCGCCACCUCUGGCGGCGCAUCCUUUGUUCCAAAAUGACAUUAUUAUUAAUGCACAGCUUCACGAACGAGCGGAAUUUACCAGUGGCACACAUGCCGUGGUGUAGUUGAUGCGAGGAGUGUGUGCGUGCGUGGGAGGCAGGCAUGGCAAGGAAGUGUGGGCUGAUGAGGCUACAAUAAUGUCACCCAGAGAGACCCGGGGCGGGAGGAAUCUAUUUAGUAGUUAUUUGAGAGGGCAGUUAAUAUAAUAGUCGCACGACACAAUACUAUAUAUAUACAGCAGGUCUGACAGACUCCAAAUGACAUACACACAUUAUUUAUAAUGAAUGGAUGAAGCCUUUUUCGUUCGUGGAACUUUUACGGUCAAGGUCUUCGAGAGCAAGCCUAUUAAUACAUAUAUUAAAUACUUUGACCCAUCAUAUCCGAAAAAAAAGAAAAGAAAAAAAGAAAAAAAAAUCAUGGCAUCACCGACCGACCCGUCCUUCACCAUCGCCAUUAUCGGCGCAGGCAUAGCCGGUCUCGCCCUCGCCAUCGGCCUCCGCAAGCAAAACGUGUCCUAUAAAAUCUAUGAAGCCGCGCUGCAAUUCGAUGCUGUUGGCGCUGGGAUCGGGAUGGGUCCCAACGCGCUGCGGGCGAUGGAGCUCAUGGACGCGCACUUUGCGAAAAUGUACGACAAGAUCAAGGUCGGGAAUGCAUGCCACGACAGGCUGCAUGAGCAGUUUGAGAUACUAAGUGUUGCGCAGGGGUUUGGGGCUGUAGAUGGCUGGCGCGGCGGGUCGGUUUCGCAUCCGAAUUUUGAGAGGAGUAGUGCGCAUCGCAAGGCGCUGCUGGAGGUGAUGAGCACGCUUAUACCGGAGGGAACUGUGGAGUUUGGCAAGAGGGUAGUGCAUGUUGAGCAGGUGGAGGGGAAGAAACAGGUAUACUUGACGUUUUCCAACGGCGAUGCUCUUGCGGUCGACGCCGUUCUAGGCUGCGAUGGUAUCAAGGGGAUCACCAGGGGGGUGGUACUAGAGAGGGGAUAUCCGGAGGAAAUCGUUGCAAGGUACUGCAAUACAUAUGUCUACAGAUGCAUCGUCCCGAUGCAAGAAGCCAAGCGGAUACUUGGUUCGUAUGCCGAAAAUGCAAAGUGGUACAUGGGCGAGGGACGGGGGUGUGUAAUAUAUCCGAUCUCGAAGGGAGAAGAGGUGAAUGUAGUUGUUUUCAUCCAGGACGAGCGGUCCUGGGGAAGGGAGCAAACGGCGAUACAGGUUUCAAGGGACGAAAUGCUUUCUGAUUUUGAUGGGUUUGAUCAACGACUAAUAGAGCUACUAGACGACAACACAAAGCCUGUCCGGUGGCCUCUAUUCCACCAUCCCUACACCUCAACAUACUAUCGCGGCCAUGUUUGCCUCCUAGGGGAUUCGGCCCAUGCCUCAAGUCCGAGCCAGGCAGCCGGAGCAGGGCUAGGGCUGGAGGAUGCGUUGGUGCUGUCCAGACUUCUUGGUCUAGUAGAGAAGCCAGACCAACUUGAGAUUGCUUUUGAGGUGUACAAUUCCAUCCGCCAGCCUCGGGCGCAGGCUGUGGUCCAAGAGAGCCAGGAGGUUCUCCUUGCCUAUUUCCUGGACCAUCCAGAAUUUGGCCAUGACAUACAGAAACUCACAGAUUAUGCGAACAGGAGGCUUCCGUUGAUCUGGUUCCAUGACUUGGAGGCAGAUGUUAAGACUGCUGAGGAUCGGUUUAGGGAGCUGACCGGAGAGGAGCAAUAAUUUUUAUUUUAUUUUAUUUUAAACAAGCCUCAAUCGCUCGCUUGCGCUCGCUUAUUCAGCUUGAAAAAUGUGCUGUUUAAUCCCUCAGGUUGAAUGUAAAAAUAUCUUAAUGCACACAAGCCUCUGUGUGCAAAGACAUUGCAGAGCUAAGCUCAAAACAGAAGGCCCUGCAAGAUUGAUUUUACAGCUUAUUAUUAAUAAUAAUAGAAGAAAUAGAACUGU